CCCAUAUAGGCGCGCUCGUCGCGCCCCGCCCGACACUCGGCGGCGGCCACUGUGCAGAUCGGACUCCUCUCGCUCGCGCACAUCGUUAGGCUUCCUCUACAACCAUGUCUGACAAACCCGAUAUGGCUGAGAUUGAGAAAUUCGAUAAGUCGAAAUUGAAGAAGACAGAAACGCAAGAGAAAAAUCCACUGCCUUCCAAAGAAACGAUCGAACAGGAGAAGCAAGCAGGCGAAUCGUAAUGAGGUGUGCGCCGCCAAUAUGCACUGUACAUUCCACAAGCAUUGCCUUCUUAUUUUACUUCUUUUAGCUGUUAACUUUGUAAGAUGCAAAGAGGUUGGAUCAAGUUUAAAUGACUGUGCUGCCCCUUUUCACAUCAAAGAAUCGAGAACUACUGACAAGGAAGGCCGCGCCUGCCUCUCCCAUCUGCCUGUCUGGCUGGCAGAGUAGGAAAAGAACUUGCAUGUUGGUGAAGGAAGAAGCUGGGUGGGACGACAGUGAAUCUAGAGUAAAAGCAAAGCUGGUCCAAGAUGCCCUACAGGCUGUAAAAUGCAGUUUAAUCAGAGUGCCAUUUUUUUUUGUUGUUCAAAUGAUUUUAAUUAUUGGAAUGCACAAUUUUUUUAAUAUGCAAAUAAAAAGUUUUAAAACCUG